GGAAGACCGGACCGUCCAUCCGCAGCUCAGUCCCCGUUUCCACGGGACCCCGCUGUCAAGUUGGGAGCAAUACAAAUAAAUAAAAAAGAAGGAGAAAAGCACUCUCUCUCUCUCAGAACAAGUGGACCGGACCUCCUGCAGGACUCUCUCCGGUCGCCUCCGUCUGAAGCUCACUUCACUUCUUGUUGCCUUUUGGACUGUAGUGCUUUUUUUGGGACGUUUAAAAAAAAUUGUUGAUACAUUUCUUUCUUCUUCUCUCUCUUCACCUCCUGAGUGGAUUUACUUUUCUCCCGUGGCGGACCAUGGGGCCGGGGCGGCGGGGCGCAGCGGGGACCCUCCGAAUACGGACCGAGGGGAGCCGCUGCUGCCUCCUGGUGACGCUGCUGCUGCUCGGUGGCUUCCGGGAGGCGCUCGCGCAGACGGACGACGGGAAGUCGGUCUACUUCUGGGAAACAGGUCCGUGGGGGCGAUGCAUGGGCAGCGACUGCGGCCCGGGGGGCAGCCAGAGCCGGGCGGUGUGGUGCGCCCACGUGGACGGCUGGACGACGCUGCACACCAACUGCGAGCAGGGCCGGCGGCCCUCCAACCAGAGGAACUGCUUCCGCGUGUGCGACUGGCACAAGGACCUCUACGACUGGGAACUGGGCGCCUGGAAUGCGUGCGUGCCGGUUUCGGCGAGGACCUUGUGGGGCUCGCGGCCGUUCCUGUGCAGCGGCGGCGAGGAGGGCGUUCAGACCCGGGAGGUGGGCUGCGUGCUCCAAUCGGACGCGUCUCCGGCGGAGGACGCCAUCUGCGAGUACUUUGAGCCCAAGCCCCGCCUGGAGCAGGCCUGCUUGAUCCCUUGCCCUCAGGAUUGCGUGCUCUCCGAGUACUCGCCGUGGACGACCUGCUCCAAAACGUGUGGAACGGGCCUCAGGAACCGGGUGCGGAGCGUCCUGGUCCCGCCGCUGUUUGGGGGCGCGGUUUGCCCCAACCUCACUGAGUUCCAGACGUGUACACCGGGGCCGUGCACGGGUCCAGAGGGCAUGCACAGCCUCAGGGUGGGACCGUGGACCCCCUGCGCCCUCCCGCAGACUCGAACGGCACGCCAAGUGAAGCGCCGGAAAGGAAAAGGCCAGGGGCUGAGGGAGCGCGCCGGGGUCAAGGACCCAGAGACCCGGGAGCUCAUCCAGAAGAAGCGGACCAGGAACCGCCUCAACCGGCAGGAGAGUCCGUUCUGGGACAUCCAGGUGGGCUACCAGGCCCGGGACGUGACCUGCAUACACAGGAAUGGCAGCGCUGUGGGACGCAACCUGUGCACACCGAGGGACCUGCCGCCGACCGUCCAGUCCUGCGUCCUCCCCAAGGACUGCCGAGUGACCGACUGGUCCGAGUGGGGCGUCUGCUCCAAAGCCUGCGUGGACUCCGCCUCCCCCGUGGGCCGCCGCGCUCGCAGCAGACGGGUGCUCCAGUUCCCCGUGGGCGAGGGGGCGGAGUGCGCCGCGCCGGAGGACUCGGAGGCGUGUGAACCUCAGGGGGAAGGGGUGCCGCCCUGCUCCACCUACACCUGGAGGAGCACGGAGUGGAGCGACUGCCGGGUGGACUCGUUGCUAGGCCAACAGGACCGUCGGCGUGGCAACCUGACCGGGCUUUGCGGGGGAGGCCUGCAGACCAGGGAGGUGUACUGCGUCCAGGCCAACGCCGAGCUCCUGGGAUACCUCGAGGACCUCCGAGAGAAAGACAAAGCCUCCCGCCCGGUGGAGAACCAGCGGUGCGAGGGUUCGAUGCCCAACCGGUCCCAGCUGUGCCAGAUCCCCUGUCCCAUCGCCUGCGAGGUGUCGCCCUGGGGCGCCUGGGGGCCGUGCACCUUCGAGAACUGUGACGACCAGGCCGGAAAGAAAGGUUUCAAACUGAGAAGACGUCAGAUCACCAACGAGCCGACGGGGGGGCCGGGGAACUGCCCCCACCUGGUGGAGGCGGUGCCGUGCGACGAGCCCGGCUGCUUCGCCUGGCGGCUGGUCGGCCUGGACGAGUGCGUCCCCGGGGACCGGAGGCCGUGCGGCCCCGGCGCUCAGCUCGCACGGGUCCAGUGCGUCAACGGCAACGGAGGCGAGGUGGACGGGGGUCUCUGCGCCUCCUCCCCGGCUCCGGAGCCCGAGCCCUGCGAGGUGCCUUGCUCGAGGGACUGCGUGCUCAGCUCCUGGACGCCGUGGUCCUCCUGCUCCCAGACCUGCUCCAGCAAGACGGCCGAGGGGAAGCGGCUGAGGACGCGCUCCGUCCUGGCCUACAACGCCGGGGAAGGCGGCGCCCUGUGCCCCAACAGCAGCUCCCUGCAGGAGGUGAGGAACUGCAACGAGCACCCCUGCACCGUGUACCACUGGCAGACGGGGCCCUGGGGCCCCUGCACCGAGGACCCCUCCGCCUCCGCCCUCAACGCCUCCUCGGCGGGCGCCCCUCCGGGUGCCUGCGCCACGGGAAUGCAGACCCGCAAGGUCAUCUGCGUCCGGGUCAACGUGGGACAGGUGCCGCCCAAGAAGUGUCCAGACGGGCCGCGCCCCGGCACGGUGCGGCCGUGCGAGCUGCCCUGCAAGAAGGAUUGCAUCAUGACGCCCUUCAGCGACUGGACGCCGUGUCCCAUCGCUUGUGACGCAGCUGGCAACGCCGUGAUGAGGAAGCAGUCCAGGAAGCGUCUGAUCAUCCAGAUGCCGUCCAACGGGGGACAGGACUGCCCCGAGCUGUUGGAGGAGGAGACGGACUGCCAGGUCCCCAAAGUGUGUCCCGGCUUCAGGUGGAAAACCCACAAGUGGAGGAAGUGCCAGCUGGUGCCGUGGUCUCUCCGACAGGCCCGGCCCGGUGCCCAGGAGACCUGCGGCCCGGGUCUCCAGACAAGAGCUGUGUCCUGCCGCCAGCUGGACGGCACGCAGGCCGACAUGGGCGAGUGCCUGGGCUCCUCCAAGGCCAUGCCGGCCGUCACUCAGCGCUGCCAGCUGCCCUGCCAGGACGACUGCCAGCUCACCAACUGGUCCAAGUUCUCGUCCUGCACGGCGGACUGCGUGGGCGUCCGCAACAGGAAGAGGGCGUUGAUCGGCAGGAGCAAGAAGAAAGACAAGUGCAAGAACACCCAGAUGUACCCGCUGAGCGAGACCCAGUACUGCCCCUGUGACAAGCACAACGCCCAGCCGCUGGGCAACUGGUCCGACUGCAUCCUGCCCGCCGGCGGCCGGCCCGAGAGCCUCCUGGGGGUCAGGCUCCAGGGGGACGUCAAGGAGUGCGGCCAGGGCUACCGCUACCAGGCCAUGGUGUGCUACGACCAGGACAACCGGCUGGUGGAGACGGCGCGCUGCAACAGCCACGGUUACAUCGAGGAGGCGUGCAUCAUCCCCUGCCCCUCCGACUGUAAGCUCAGCGAGUGGUCCAACUGGUCGCGCUGCAGCAAGUCCUGCGGCAGCGGGGUCAAAGUUCGCUCCAAGUGGCUCCGAGAGAAACCGUACAACGGGGGCCGGCCGUGCCCCAAACUGGACCACAUCAACCAGGCCCAGGUGUACGAGGUGGUGCCGUGCCGCAGCGACUGCAACCAGUACGUGUGGGUGGCCGAGCCGUGGAGCGUGUGGAAGGUCAGCAACGUGGACCUGAAGGAGAACUGCGGCGAAGGCGUCCAGACACGGAAAGUCAGGUGCAUGCUCAACACCGUGGACGGGCCGUCGGAGUCGGUGGAGGACUACCUGUGCGACCCCGAGGAGAUGCCCCUGGGGGCCAGAGAGAGCCGGCUGCCGUGUCCCGAGGACUGCGUCCUCAACGACUGGGGCCCCUGGAGCCGCUGCAGCCUGCCGUGCACCAGGACCAACAGUCGAGUGCGGGAGGCGUUCCCGCUGCGCUCGCCCAGCGUGGGGAGGGCGUGUCCCGACACCUCGGACAGGGAGCCCUGCGGCCUGAACCUCAACUGCUUCAACUACUUCUACAACAUCACAGACUGGAGCACGUGCCAGCUGAGUCCCAACGCCGUGUGCGGGAGCGGCGUCAAGACCCGGAUGCUGGACUGCGUUCGCAGCAACGGCAAAUCGGUCAACAUCAAAUUCUGUGAGGAGCUGGAUUUGGAGAAGAAGUGGCAGAUGAACGUCUCCUGCGUGGUCGAGUGUCCCGUCAACUGUCAGAUGUCGGCGUGGUCGCCGUGGUCGGACUGCUCGCAGACGUGCGGACUAGACGGUAAGAUGCGGCGGCGGCGCUCGGUGGUCCGGGCCUCUCGGGGCGACGGCCGGCCCUGCCCCCCCCAGACGGAGCAGUGGAGGCCCUGCCCCGUCCGGCCCUGCUACCGCUGGCAGUACAGCGACUGGUCCGAGUGCCGCGUGGAGAGCGUGGUGUGCGGACACGGCGUGCGCUACAGGAACCUGUCCUGCUUCGUGUCGGACGGCUCCGGCUCCGGUUCCGGCUCCGGCUCCGGUUCCGGCUCCGGCGGCUCGGUGGACGAGGAGCUGUGCGGCAGCCUGGAGCUGUCCGUGGACGGGGACAAGAUGAUCAACCUGAAGGAGGCCUGCACCCUGCCCUGUCCAGGCGAGUGCUACCUGAUGGAGUGGUCGGACUGGAGCUCGUGCGUCAGCGUCUGCGUCAAGGGCGCCGGCGUGGACUUCGGCUCGGUCCGGGUCCGCUCGCGGGCCGUGCUGGCCCAGGAGCCCGAGAACCUGCAGCUCUGCCCCGACCAGGCGUGGGAGUCUCAGCCCUGCACAGGGGGCGAAUGUCACGAGUACAAGUGGAUGAGCGGCGGCCGGACCAACUCCAGCCGGUCGGCGGUGUGGUGCCAGCGCUCCGACGGACUCAACGUCACCGGGGGGUGCCCUCCUCUGAACCCUCCGGUGGACAACAGCUCCUGUGAGCCUCCCUGCCUCAUGCCCAGGUCCUUCUGCAGCGAGGCCGCCAUAUGCAUGUGCGAGGAGGGCUUCACAGAGGUGCUGUCGCCCACCGGGCAGCUGGACCAGUGCGCCCCCAUCCCGGUGCUGGAGAUCCCCACGGCGGGGGACAAGAAAGGGGACGUGAAGACCAGCCGUGCCGUUAACCCCACCGCGCCCGCCACCGCGCAGCCCGGGCGCACCGGGCGGACCUGGUACCUGCAGCCUUACGGGCCAGAUGGGAAGCUGAAGAUGUGGGUGUACGGCGUAGCAGCCGGAGCCUUCGUGCUCCUCAUAUUCAUAGUGUCUAUGAUAUACCUCGCGUGCAAAAAGCCAAAGAGGCCUCAGAGGCAACAAAACAACCGACUAAAACCUCUGACCCUCGCCUACGACGGGGACACCGACAUGUAGCCCCCCCCCCCCCCCCCCGGGAGGCGCUCCGACCCCCGAGGACCUUCGACCGCCACGGAGAUCCACUCCUUCACCGCGGAGGUCAGCGGAGAAAAUAAAAGAAAAUCCAUUUCAAGUAGAGCUCCAUUCAAUCACCUUUUUUUCUUUACUGUAUUUUUGUUUUGUUUUUUUGUGAGAGCCUUCGUGACCUCCAGCGUGUUCAAUGAGAUGCCUUUUUUUUGUUGGGCCCCCCCCCCAAACACAUCCAACUUAACUAAAAAAAGAAAAGAUGCCGCUACAUGAAUCCUCCCCCACUCCCCUCCUCCCCCCACGCUUUUUACCGCCCGUUCCCUAAAAACGCUGAGUCGCUUGAGGCUUAGGAUGCUCCGACGGUUCGUACGUUGCCAAAAGUCACCGCGGGGGAAGAGGAGGAGGUGGAGGAGGAAAAUCUCCAUAAAAAAGAUUUGGAUUCCUUUUCUCCUCAAUCCUCCAACGGGGUUUGACUCAAAUCUCUUCUGCGGUUCUGGAACAAAGAGGGAGGCAUUUCUUCCGCUUUUCUUUUCCUCCUUCGCCUGACUCGCCAGUGUUUGUGGGAUAAACCGAUCUGCGCGAUGCUGACGGAGGAGCAGCCUCCACCCCGGCCUUUGGUUUCACGCUCUACACAUUGCACUAUAUUAGUGCAGCAUGAUAUGCACACGUGACUUCUACCUUCUCUUGCCAUAAAGCACUGCCUCUUCCACACACACACACACACACACACACACACACACGAGCCCCACGCAGCGGAGGAGCAGCGAUGUGUAUACAUUUGAUUUCUCACAACAGAUUUUUUUUUUUUUUUGGGUUGUAGUAAAAGUACCUUCUGUGGUUUUUUGUAGAUUUUUUUUGUCUGGUGGUUACCUUUUUUUUCCUUUUUUUUUUUUUUACCUGGGUCAAAUUAAAGAUUUAACUAUACGGACGACUUCAUUUCUGAUGAAUCGGCUGCUUUAAAAGUUAUUUUUAAACCAUGAGUAUUCAUAAUGAAUUCAAAUGUAAUAUUUUAAAGAAAAAUUGUUUUGCACUAUUCAGUAAAAAAAAUUGGAAAAACUGAAACUUGGAAUUAAUUAAAGAAAAAGAAAGAAUAAUGAAUCUAAACCACUCAUGUCAUGUAAAUGUAAUUUCUGCCUUACUGACGAUAAUAAAUACUAACAGUCCUGUCAUAGAGUUGUAAUACUUGAACAUUAUACUACAUGUACACAUAAAGAAGGCAACAUUUUAUUUUGAAGUUCUGAGUUUUCAUGUAGUAAUCAACAUAAAAGGUGCUCUGUCGUUUUACAGUCACACUACAUGGGGGGAAUAUAGUUUAAAAUAAGACGAUCUGUACGAAGAAACUAUCCGACAUGUCAAUAAUAAGAGAAGACGCUUCUGCUGAAUUCAACGUAAAAAACCAAACUGGUGUGGAGGAUGUUUACUUGUUUUCUUGUUGUGGGAUUUGUAAAUAAACAGCAAUUUUUUUAUUUUUUUGGAGAAAAAAAAAUCUACGUACAGUAUGUGUACAUUUUAUUUUAUAUUGCACAGAAAAAACAUGUUUAGUUUCAAUAUUGCGAAGUGGGUGUGUGAUAUUGCCGAUUGUUGUUUCAUCACGAUGCAAGGUGUAUGUCAUGAAGAAGAAAAAGUAAAUAGGGUAAAAAAAGUCGAAAAAGGCUCAGACGUUUUUGUUUUUUUGUACAGGUUGUUUAUGUGUGGGAAGAAUUCCUGAAAAUAAAUAAGAACACGGUUGUAAACACAAAAAAAGUUAUCGAGCCAUUUUCUUUCUAUUUAUAUGUUCACAAGCGAGCGGGACCCUCAAUAAAAGAUGUUUGAAAUUGUCAA